CAAAAGUGGUUUCAUAUCCAACGUCACAUUCUUCUAGAUGUUUUUGUUUAACAUGUAUUGCUAGAUUGCUUUUUUUUCCAGACGUUUUAACUCGUUUGUUACAAAUAGUGAAAACGGCUACUGCCUGUCUUCUUUUUUGAAAUAUGACCAUAAUCUACUUUUCAUAUUUUGAAAUUAAAAUUGAGUAUUAAUUUAUUAGAAACCAUCAGGUACAACACGUGUACAUGUCACACUUGUCAUAUCACAAAACAUAUACACUUGUCACUUUCAAGCGUUUUACCCGAUUUUGUGGGUAUUUUAAUUUGGGUGGGUUUUUCGAUAUUUUGAUACAAUAUAUUGAAAUUUUCGAUAUCGAUAUAUCGAUAUCAGCCUAUCGACGAUAUCGAUAAGUAUCGAUAUUUUUAGUUGUCGAUAUAUCGAUAUUUAUCGGUUUUCCGAUAUAUCGUUGCAUCCCUAUCCCCUCCUCCAGUCAGUACACAUAUAGCGCUCGUAGGGGAAUGUCGUCUUGCUUCAAAAUGGCUUUCACCUGCGUACACCCAGAAAGUGAUAAUUUG